AUGAAGGUGAGAAAGAAAAUCCUAAAUUUUUGUUCUAAGCUCAAACAAAGAGUUACCAGUAACAAGAAGAAGAAGGUCAAGCAGCAACCAAUACCAAUCCUUCUUGAAGAAAUCAAGCAGCAACCAAUACCAAUCCUUCCUGAAGAAAUCAUCUUCGAAAUUCUACAUUACGAUUCAUCAGCAUUGUUAUCACAAACUAAUGAUGCACCUGUUAAAGAAAUUACUAACCCAUAUAGAAUUUGGUCUGAUUUUGGUGAUCCCGCAUUUAAUGGUUCUUGUAAUGGAUUGGUUUGCUCAAGUCUUUUCAAAGCACAUGGGUUUGGCUAUGAUUCUGAGACUGAUGACUACAAGUUUGUCGAUCUUGGGUGUGUAAGAGGUGAAUCCGAUAAGUCUGAAAUGCAUAUAUAUUCUUUAAGAUCAGAUUCAUGGAAACCAGCGAAAUACAUCCCUUACGUGUGUAAAGCAGAUGUACUAGUACCAGGGCUGUUCUUUAAUGGAUCUCUUCAUUGGUUUGCAAAAUCAUGUUUACAACGAAACAACCCUUCCUCAUCCUACUACAAAGUCUUAAUUGCUUUGGAUGUUGUAAAAGAGGUUGUCCGAGAAGUAUCACAGCCAGAAAAUUUGGAUGCAGAGAAAUUUGCUGAUGUUAAAUAUGUGGAUGUGUUGAGUGGGUGUCUUUGUAUGCUUUGCAGCACACCUGUGGAUGGUUUUGAAGUAUGGAUGAUGAAGGAUUAUGGAGUACCAGAAUCUUGGAUUCAACUUUAUAAAAUUUCUCAACUGAAAGUUAUUCAGCAUGUUCAACCGAUUCAGUACCUUAGGAGGAUAAAGUAUUUAAAAAAUGGCCAGAUUCUAGUGCAGAUUAAAUAUCAUUCGGGGUCCGCGGUGAUGUUGAGGUUUUGGUUUUGUAUGACCCAAAGGAUGAAAGAGCAAGGGUUUUGA